AUGGACGCCUGGUGCUUCAGGCCACAAAUUAUCUCAGGAAAGCUUCUAGCCGAGCGAGAUCGAAAGAUUUCAUCAAACCACUCAAACCACCUCCGAGCCACCCAAUCCUCCCCCAUGGCGUCUCGCAGACUAGCUUUGAACCUCUCGCAGGGCCUGCGAAGCCGUGCUGGUCUGUCGGCCGCCGGUUCUCUUCGUCGCGGCUUCGCGACUCCUUCCAGCGUCGGCAAAACUCAAACGACAACACUCAAGAACGGCCUGACCGUCGCUACUGAGCACUCGCCAUGGGCCCAGACCUCGACUGUUGGUGUCUGGAUUGACGCCGGUUCCCGCGCCGAGACUGACGAGAACAACGGCACCGCACACUUCCUCGAACAUCUGGCCUUCAAGGGCACUGCCAAGCGAUCGCAGCAGCAAUUGGAGCUCGAGAUUGAGAAUAUGGGCGGCCACCUCAACGCCUACACCUCUCGUGAGAACACCGUCUACUUUGCCAAGGCCUUCAACUCCGAUGUUCCUCAGUGCGUCGACAUCCUGUCCGAUAUUCUGCAGAACUCGAAGCUCGAGGAGUCUGCCAUCGAGCGCGAGCGUGAUGUCAUCCUUCGUGAGUCCGAGGAAGUUGAGAAGCAGGUUGAAGAGGUCGUCUUCGACCACUUGCAUGCCACUGCUUUCCAGCACCAGCCACUGGGCCGCACCAUCCUUGGCCCUCGCCAGAACAUCCGCGACAUCACCCGAACCGAGCUCACCAGCUACAUCAAGAACAACUACACCGCCGACCGUAUGGUCCUCGUCGGUGCUGGUGGCAUUCCUCACGAGCAGCUCGUUGAGUUGGCCGAGAAGCACUUCGCCGGCCUCCCCGCCAAGAGCCCUGAGAACCAGGCCUACCUUCUUUCUAAGCAGAAGGCCGACUUCAUUGGCUCAGAUGUUCGUGUCCGUGAUGAUACCAUGGGCACUGCCAACGUUGCCUUGGCUGUUGAGGGUGUUAGCUGGAGCUCUGACGACUACUUCACUGCUCUGGUCACCCAGGCUAUUGUCGGCAAUUAUGACAAGGCCAUGGGUAACGCUCCCAACCAGGGUAGCAAGCUCAGUGGUCUCGUCCACCGACACGAGCUGGCUAACAACUUCAUGAGCUUCUCCACCAGCUACAGUGAUACUGGUCUGUGGGGUAUCUAUCUGACCACCGACAACAUCACCCGCCUCGACGAUCUCGUCCACUUCACCAUGCGUGAGUGGAUGCGCCUGUGCACCAACGUCGGCGAGGCUGAGGUUGAGCGCGCCAAGGCUCAGCUUAAGGCCUCCAUACUCCUAUCACUUGACGGCACCACGGCCGUUGCCGAGGACAUUGGCCGCCAGCUCAUCACCACUGGCCGCCGCAUGAUGCCCGGGGAGAUUGAGCGCAGAAUCGAUGCCAUCACGGAGAAAGAGGUCAUGGACUUUGCCAACCGCAAGCUGUGGGACAAGGACAUUGCCAUCAGCGCCGUUGGAAACAUUGAAGCAUUGUUUGACUACCAGAGACUACGGAACACUAUGAAGCCAAAGUUUUAA